AAUCGCAGGGGGCUAUCACGCGCACGCGCUCACGUCAUCUCUGGUUGCCCAGCCUUGUGACUUCCUAUGCCAUGAGAUUGUUAUAUGCGCAUGUAGCGGCUCGCGGGGUUCCAAAUGGGACAAUGUGACGGGUCGGAAGUGACAGCCUUAACCGUGUGGGGUUAACGAUUAAGCCAGGUACGGGCCGUUACCGUUACCAGGCAUGCAUACCGGCACCCACGCAUCAGGCUGCAGCACACAUUAUAACGGAGUGCAGGAUAUGAGACAACCGUUUUGAGGCGUUCAGCAGUGCGCUCUGUUCAGCGUCUGUUCACUCGCCUCCUCUGUGGACUUCUGCGUUUUAGGUAAACAGCAGCCAGAGCGCUGAGAGGAAGUGUUCUCCUGUAGGGCUGCUCCGUAAUUAUAUCCUUGUGCUGCAGACCUUUAAAUACUCCUCAUAAAAUAGCCACUUGGUGAAAGGUGAGACCUUCCCAGCCCAGGACACGGUCUGGGGCGAGCUAAUCUGAAAGGACCGUCAGAGCGCGUGCAGGACUGACCUGCGCUCUUGGAUGACUUUCUGAAAAGAACUUCAGGCUACUAGCUGGACCUGCAAUACUUCAUGUACUUUUUCAUACCAACUUUUCAAUACUUUUUGUUUACCAGUCGUUGUUGACCAGAUAAACAUUGGUUUGUUUGUUUUUGCUCUCUUUUAAAAAUAUAUAAUUGUUUCAUUCUUCUAUACAUCUGCCUACGGUGCUUACGCAGUGAAUGGAGGACAUACUCCAGCUUCUCCCGAAGCACCGGCAAAUUCUCACACAGGCCUGGGGGAGAGCAGCUACUCACACCUGCCUUUGCAGGAGCUUAGUUGAGCUUUCAACACGUUUUUUACCACUUAAUUUUGCGUUCAUGACCACACCUGAGUGCCACUCACCAGCAUUAUUUAAUGGGAUAAAUUAACUUGUGAGAUCAGGUUAUUAAAAACCGAUCAAGGGAAAUCUAAACCAACCAUCCCACACCUUUUUGCCAUAGCCUAUAUUUGUAAUUCAGUCUACUGUCCCCAAAAGCUUCCGCAUGGUACUUUGGUCGAAAGAGCAAGACCAUCCGCCGGACACCGACAUGUCAUCCGGGGCAAUAGAAAUGAAGAGAGUGGUGCCACCGGUGUACCUCCACUCCAACGGCUCUGUUCACCCGGCCAUCCUCACCGAUGACCCCGAGGAGAUGAGACCGGAGGAGAGGGGCGAGUACGAGCUCACAGAAGUGACAUCCUUCACAGACAGGUCUGGUGAACCGGGAGAUGAAGGCCGGGAGAUAGUGGUGAUAGACUGCAGGGCGAAUGCCAAGGGCCAGCGCGAGGAGGACGCUCUCCUGGAGAAUGGCAGCCAGAGCAACGAGAGCGACGACAUAAGCACUGACCAGAGCCCAGAGCCACCAGCGCCGUUAAAAGAGACCUCCUUCUCCAUCGGCCUCCAGGUGGUCUUGCCAUUCCUGCUGGCCGGGUUCGGGACGGUGGCGGCGGGCAUGGUGCUGGAUAUUGUUCAGCACUGGACGGUGUUUACAGAGGUCACGGAGGUCUUCAUCCUGGUCCCAGCGCUGCUGGGGUUAAAGGGCAACCUGGAGAUGACACUGGCUUCCAGACUGUCCACAGCGGCUAAUAUUGGUCAGAUGGACUCAGCCAAGGACAUGUGGAAGAUGAUUGUUGGAAACCUCGCCCUCAUCCAGGUCCAGGCCACGGUAGUAGGGUUCCUGGCGUCCAUCGCCGCGGUGAUCUUUGGCUGGAUCCCAGAAGGGAACUUUAGACUGGGACAUGCUAUCCUGUUGUGUGCCUCCAGUGUGGCAACCGCAUUCAUCGCUUCUCUGAUACUAGGGAUCAUUAUGAUUGGUGUAAUCAUCGCAUCCAGGAAGGUGGGCAUCAACCCUGACAAUGUGGCCACGCCCAUCGCUGCCAGUCUGGGAGAUCUGAUUACCCUCUCUCUGCUGGCUGGCAUCAGCACAGGACUGUACAAGGAGCUGGAGUUUAACGACUAUGCCAACCCGUUGGUGUGUGCUGUUUUUGUGGCGCUGACCCCUCUGUGGGUGCUGAUCGCUCGGAGGAUCCCCUCCACCAGAGAGGUGCUCUACUCAGGCUGGGAACCUGUCAUCAUUGCCAUGGCAAUCAGCAGUGUUGGGGGUCUGAUUCUAGAUAAGACCGUGUCCAACCCCAACUUCGCUGGCAUGGCUGUCUUCACUCCUGUUAUCAACGGUGUGGGAGGUAACCUGGUAGCGGUGCAGGCCAGUAGAAUCUCCACCUAUCUGCACAUGAAUGGUAUCCCCAUGGGAGACCCUGACCCCAACCCCAGGAAAUGCCCCACCCCCUGCACUUCCUUCUUUGGUUCCAAUGUGAACUCUCGUUCAGCACGGGUGCUCUUCCUCCUGGUUGCUCCAGGUCACCUGGUCUUCCUCUACACCAUCAACUCCAUGCAGGGAGGACACACCACGCUAACAUCCAUCUUCAUAGCCUUCUACAUGGCUGCUGCAUUACUGCAGGUGUUGAUCCUGUUGUACCUGGCUGACUGGAUGGUCCACUGGAUGUGGAGUAGGGGGAUGAACCCUGAUAACUUCUCUAUUCCUUACUUGACGGCCCUGGGAGAUCUGCUGGGGACCGGCUUCCUGGCCCUCUGCUUCCAUGUCCUCUGGCUCAUUGGAGACAGAGACACUGACGUGGGAGACUGAACACACACCUGGACAGCAUACAUACACAGCAUCAAUUCGGGCUCACCGGAAACAACCUGAACAACUGAACUGUACAGUAUCUCCCUCUGGACAUCGGAACAACUGAAUCACUUUCAGACCCAGAUCUCAACCCCAACCCCUUGACCUCCAAUCUCCCCCCAAACCCCUCCCCCUGGGUCACAGACUAUGCCAUUUUUUUCUUUAUUUGACUAAAUAAUAGUUUUACUACUAUUGUUUUUAUUGUUAUUAUGAUGACGAUGAUUAUGAUUAUUAUUGUUAAUAGUGAAUUUGAUAAGAAUCUAUAUCUGUUUUACCAUUGGGUGGGUGAAUCCUCAUUAUUUUCAAUGGGGACAUUCUCCCUUGGGCCAGUCACAUUGGCAGCAUUUGUAAAGAUGAGCUCAAUCUUAAAGACUUGAAAUGAAGACAGACAGACAGCAAAAAAAACUCACACAAGCCUAGAAUGCUUAAUCACCAAGUGCUAUACGUAUAAAGAGAUUACUACAUUUUUAAGGGACCCUUCCAAUUUGCCUUGCCUUGAGAGUAGUGAUUCAGUGGGGGCAGCUCCACAGGGGCUCGGACCAGAAUGUAGAGACCUGAAUCCGCUUAGGUAACAACCCCCCAACCCUUUAAAGGAUGACUGAACACUAACCUGAAAAGAAACAGGAAGAUUUAAGUUGCCCUUAAGCACAGAUCUAGAAUCAGUUUACCCUCUUCAAAUCCUAACCUUAACCAUUGGGGAGGGAUGAAAACAUAACUGACCCUGUAUCAGUGGUAAGAGGCAACCUCAACCUAGUCCAUGGACAUAGGUCCUGCCAGAUGGUACAGUCAGGUGCUACAUUAUGUUUCAUAGGUCACCAAGGAGGUGCCAGAUCGUACAGUCAGGUGCCUCAUUAUGUUUCAUGGGUAACCAGGGAGGUGCCAGAUCGUACAGUCAGGUGCCAAAUUAUGUUUCAUAGGUCACCAAGGAGGUGCCAGAUCGUACGGUCAGGUGCCACAUUAUGUUUCAUAGGUCACCAAGGAGGUGCCAGAUCGUACAGUCAGGUACCACAUUAUGUUUCAUAGAUCACCACCAAGGAGGUGCCAGACCGUACGGUCAGGUGCCACAUUAUGUUUCACACUCAGUUGGAGGGUUGUUUUUUAAAUUAAAGUCAACCCCAAUUCUUGCCAACCAUGUCCUUAGUGGUCCUUGAGGCCUCAACACUCAAUAGCAAGGUUUCAACACCUCCUUGUUGUCCCCUGAAUCCUCCUAAAGGGCUACGAUUGUGACAUUUCUUCAAUUACAUUUAUUUCUUCUUUGUUUUCACACAAACACUUAGACAGAAAAUUGUGCUUUGUUUGUCAGGCUGGCCAUCUGUUUGUGGCAGCCUGUUGGUUACACACACACACAAAACUCUGCUUAUCGUUGGAUUCACUGAGGUUAGAGUGGCUUUACUGGGAGGUCAGAGAGCGUAGGGACAGAGCGCUUGAGACAGAUGCCAUUCCAGGUGACAUCCUAUCUAGUGCAAGGACUUAUGUUAAGGGAGCAUAUGUUAAAGGGUGGGGAAAGUUAUCCACUUGAUCACGCUGCUGCCUAAUGCUGUUUGGUGUGUUCUGAUUAGAAGGCUUUAAUGGGCUUCAUUAGUUAGUGAGGAAAGACAGGAUGUUGAGGGAGGAAUUGUCAAACCAAUAUUGCCUGCUUAGGAAUAUCAUGCAAACAUCUUGCUCGCUCUUUCUGUCUCUCGCUCUCUCAAGCUUUCUCAAAUGGUACAAACAACAUCAGCGAUCUUCUUGAGUUGAAGCAACUCAAGGCCUGUCCAUGCUGACUACCACACUUCCUUAAUGUCUGUUGUGCAUUGUACAUACACACUGUGCAGCUGACCUACAAUAUCUGCCACAGACGCCAUGCUUCAAAAUGGCCUCCUAUCCUACCCACAUUAACAUACUGUCAGUAUAGACGCUCUAAUUCUUGUAAGCAGCAGAGCCCAGCUUGAUGGUGAAAUGCAUGUGUUAUCAUCUGAUGCUUUGUUAUCUGGUGUUCAAUUUAUAUGUUGUUUUAAGGGGCCAGCAGAGUGCAUGUGCAGGGCACAUAACAUGAAUAUUCAAAACGUGUGCAUUAUGAGUUAAGUUUCCUUCUCUUUAAAAGAUUAUGUAUCCUUCUUAGGUUUGACACAAUUUACAAAGUGGAAGUUGUGUCCGUUAUUAGAUGUAUUCUUUAAGUUCAUAAUUUUUCUUAAUCCUUCUGUGAUCUUAUGUGUUAGAGAAUGAUUAUGUCAUGUUUAUGAUUGAGAGCCCCAGUGGGGUUCAGUGUCACUGUUGGAAAGUACUGUAAUAUACACACAUAGGCACCAGAGGGCAACAUUGUCAUAUGAGUGAAUAUGAGACAGUGCCUAUAGUGAUAGAGGCUGUUCACUAUUAGCUUCAUCUAGAUUAUAGAACCUGUAUCCAAGAUUCUAAUGUAGAACCUGCGUUUUCUUGAUUCUAGAAUCUGUGUCCAUGAUAGAAUUACAUACCUUCUGGAUUCUAGAGCCUGUAUCCAAAAUUAUAUUCUAAAACCUGUAUUCUUGAGGCGGAACCCUGGAUCUAGAACCUGGGUUCUCUCUGCUGUCUUACUGAACCUGUGCCAGUGUUCUGCCCCAGUACGGAUAAGAGGUUGUGAAUACUUCUUCAGGGGAAGGAAUGCUUUUUCUAUUUAUUUUUAGAUGCACACAAAGCAAAUUGUAUAUACUAUAUUUAUUCUAUAAAUAAGGUGUUUAUUUUUCAUUUAAUUUUGUCUCGGUUCUGUCGCUGUUUUUGUAAUUGUUUCUCAUUUUAUUUUUUUGUUCAUCCUUUUUUGGGUUGUAUCCAGCCAGUAGAGCUUCAGCGCUGCCGCGGUAGAUUAGCGCCUAGGCUAACAAACAACAGUGUGGGUGCCUAAUAUCUCAUGAACCUCACACACCUUACAUCCCCUGCCCUCGGGCAGGGACCCAAACAUAGAAGGCCUUAACCUAUCAGGAACCAAGCUCAACACAUAGUAACCAAUCAGGAGCUAGGCUCACCACAGAGUAGAAUCUCUCUAAUUAGCUUUUAUUAAUAACUGACAUACCUUGAUUUGAUGUUGUGAUGUAAUGAAUGAAUAAAUAGUCUAUGAAAGAGACUGCAUGGUUGCAAUGGCUGCAGUGUUUGGGAAUCACUAAGGCCAGAACCUUCAAUUGAGAACAUAAAUGAAUAGAUGGAUAUUGUAAACAGAAGGCUCUGACUAGAACAGACGAGUGGUCAGACAACACAGAGGUAUAACGGAUGGAUCAUUUCUCUAUAACCACAUUCCUCAACCCUCACCUCCCAGACACACACACACACACACACUACCAGCACAAAAUGUCCAUACAGAUAUAUUGGUUACACACACAAAAACACACACACACAUACACUUUAUUUGGAACUGUGUGCUCCCCCUGCUGUCCCCCUCUGUAACCCUGUAACUGUAGUGGGGUUCACAAUCUGCAGGACUUUAUAAAUUGCUGGAAAUAAAGGACUAUAUUAUUUUGUACCACU